UUUCCGCUGAAAGUAUAGUUUAAUUCAAUUGUUUAAGCAUUUUAAGUAAUGACUUUCCAUUUAUAAUGGUAAUUUAUCUUCAAUGUGCAUCUUAUUAAAGAUAAGUUCUUUACACUCAAAUAUUAGAUAAGGUCCUUUCAUUAUUUAUCGAAUGGCAAAUUUUUAACAAAAUUAAGAGGUAAAUUUCUCGUAUUCUAAUCUUGCACAGAGCUGCUCAAAAAAUUAUCCCCCUCCCCUUUAGACGAGUGGUUUACUAUCCAGCAUCGGUAAAUAUAAAAACAUGUGGCACCCAUCUGUUAGUUCGUACCUUGUAGCUGUUUAUUUGCCGACACACUUAAAUUGAAAAGAUAGGAUUGAAAUAAGGAACUCCGAUGUCUGCAAUUUCCAAAAAUUUCUUCAUUAAUGGCCGGCUUCUAUUUAAGAUGAAGGUACUAUGAGUAAUAGCAGAAAACCAGUCUUUGUAUUGCAACGCUCAUACGACAGUCAAAAUGCCACUCAGUCAAUAGUCAUUGCGCAAUGAGAUUGCAUUCACCGGCUUCGGUAGUCUCACUCACAAAAUGCACAUGUGCCACUCGUUUGGGAACCAUACGUGAAUGUGUUUAAGAAGGCAGAACAGUCACAUCCGGCCCCGUCAGCUUUAUUCGAGAGGUACAGGAAAUUUCGAGUCGACCUCCGAGAACACCUUAAUGCAGUUAAAUAACUUUUUAAACGUUUUGGUGCGAUCCAGAUUGCACGCUAUGCACAACCGCCCGUCUCGUUUGCACAGACGCUGUUUCUCCAAAUGGUUUGUUGCAGCUGUAUCCGUCAGUUGUUCCCUAAUUGUUUUAUCGACCUAUCAGAACUCCACGCCACAAGGAUGCAGAAAAUUUGCGUUUAUGAAAAAUCAUAAAUGCGCAAGUAGUACAAUUGAAAAUAUUAUAUUCCGAUUCGCACACAAAAAUAAGUUGAAUGUUGUGUUGCCAAAAAGCGGGAACUACCUUUCCAGAACUGAACUUUUUGACCACUCAUCACUGAAUACUACGAAGUGGAAAAAUGUCGAAUUUGAUAUUUUCAGUUUGCACAACCGCUGGAACAAGAAGGAGGUCAUGGCGCUGCUGCGUGAAGAUGUUCCAGCCUUUACUAUCGUUCGAGACCCUGUCCAAGUCUUUAAAUCCAUGUUUCACUAUCUACAGCCACAGUUUGGAAAGUUUUAUGGCGCAAGAGAUAUUCAUGAAAUGGUCGUCAUUAUCCAAAAUGGUUCAUCCCCUUUAUUGAAUAAGCGCGCAGGUAAAUUGUUUGGCCGAAACCAAAUGGCCUGGGACAUGGGGCUGUCACCCAAAAUCUUUGACGAUGAAAUCGCCAUCACGGAAGAAAUUGAGCGACUGGAUCGCGAGUUCGAUCUGGUGAUGGUUGCCAAUAGGAUGGAAGAAUCGUUGGUCCUCUUGAAACAUCUCCUCAACUGGCCUCUCGAAAAUGUCGUCCACCUCAACCUGAACCGAAGAAAACCGGAAAAGUCGUCCGUUCUGAGUAUUGAAGAGAGGAAGGUGCUUUCUGAUUGGCUGGCCGCUGACGUCCGUAUCUUCGAACAUUUCUCCCGUCGAUUCGACGAAAGGGUAGCGGAAUUCAAUCGGAAACAUUCGACUAUGCCAGCGUUUCUUGCUGGCCUUUUCGAGAUGGAGAGUGCCAUGGAGAGGGAGAGGCAGUUACUGGAGGAAGCCAACAAGCAACUUUACGACACUUGUGUUGUUCAAGAGUUGGGCAAUGAAAAACUGAAAGGGGCGUUCAAGGAGUUCAACAACAAUAUCAUGGGGUUCGUCGUCAACAAAAAGCAUGAAUGGUGUGCCUUCUAUGCGAUGAAAGAACACGCUUACUUGAAAAUAUUCCGAGAUUUACUUCUUUCUAGAACAAUGAGAAGCAAUAGAAAUUAAAGUUAACAAUUAAAGUUUUGUUUAAAAUUUUGUGUCAGUUGCCUGGUUGUAUAAUUUUCUCCUGAGAGGAUAGUCUAUUUACUGAAAAACGUGAAGUUUGUGUUAAACAAAUUUUAAGCAUUUGAAAUUUUGAAGGAAGAUUCAUUUGUCUUCCAUACCCAACUUGAACCUUAAUAGUUAACAAUUGAUUGGCUAGAAGAGUAAGACUAUUUUAUUCUGAGUAAUUAUUAAAGUCGUGAAUAUUUUUGUGUCUAAACAUUUGGCAGCGUUGCUUCAUUUUCUCCCUCAGUCAGUGUUAGUUUGUUGUGACAAGUGAAAGAAAGAGAACAUCGCCCACAUCACAACCCCGAUAAACACAGGCAAACUAGGUUCUUAAUUUAGUUAGCAGUUAGCUGUCACCGUCUGAAUUCGCUAUUCCCUGAAACUGUUGUGGACUACUUUUGAAUUACUGUUUUACGUUAGAGAGACCAUUUGGAUAAAGCCAGAUUAGAUAACGAAAUAGUUAUUUACAUGAUUGUGCGGAGCUAUUUUGUCUAAUUUACGCCGUUCGGAUGGUGAAAAAGAAUGAUGAUUGCUCAAACAUGCGAGUGGCCGACGGAAGAAUCAUCGUCGAGUGAAGUCCAAGGGUAGAUGCAAAAUUGGCAGUUCGCCAGUUCCAGACGUAACCAUUACUCCCAAACUGGUGGUAGCGAGGUGACAGAUGAGAAAAGACCUCCGUGUCGAGCAAGACGCACUAAUCCAAGUAUGCGACGUCCAAGUAAUAAUCGAAGAAAAUCCUGUGGCUAUCGACGUCAACUAACAAAUAACAAUUUCUACUCAAUAGUCGACCAGCGAGGAAAAA